AUGCCGAAUACUCUAGGCGAUACUAGCAAGCCAAAUCCCAAAGUCGAAGAAAAUGUCCUAGAUACUAGUUCACAGACAUGGCUGGGAAGGAUUCAUCCAUAUUUCAAAGAUCCGGGACAUGUCAUAACCCUUAAACUCGAUGCUUUUCUCCUGACUUGGGCGUUUGUUGCUGGAUUGUUGAAAGAUAUGGACCAAUCAGCAACGACACAAGCCUAUGUUUCGGGCAUGAAGGAAUCGCUUUCACUUUAUGGCAACGAACUAGUCGAAUUUACCACAUAUUUCUCUGUUGGAUAUGCGUUGUUCAUAGUCCCGGCUCAAUUGAUACAGACACGAAUCCGCCCUUCUAUAUUCUUACCGAUUUGCGAGAUAAUAUGGGGAGCACUUACUCUCGCUACGUACAAGGCACCAAAUGCGAAAACCGUUUAUGGACUGCGAUUCUUCCUUGGGGUCUUUGAGUCAACCUCAUGGCCUGGCCUUGUUAGCCUUAUUUUCAAUUGGUAUACACCAAGAGAAUUAGGGAAACGAUUAGCCAUAUUUGGCGUUAGUGGUGUAGCUGGGAAUAUGUUCUUGGGUAUUUUACAGGCUGCCUUCUAUAAAAAUCUCAAUGGAGUGAACGGCCUCGAGGGAUGGCAGUGGUUAUUUAUCGUUUCGGGAAUUAUUACCAUGGUGUGGGGAUCUAUAGGAUUCUUAGUGAUCCCUGAUUCUCCUCAAAUCACCCGAGCCAUCUACUUGAGCCCUUCGGAACGUGAACUAGCACGUUCAAGGUUGCUAGAACACGGGGUGAAUACUUCAGAAUUAAUUCCCUUCAGCACUCUUGUAGAGAAACUUCGCCUACUACUUAAGAGUCCCCUUACAUAUUUAUUUCUCACAGCCUACCUCCAAUUCGCCUGGUCUCAACGCGCCAACUCAUAUUUCCUCUUGUAUCUCAAAGGCGUUACAAAUUCCACAGGAGAACCACUUUACUCGACCUACACGGUAAAUCUUAUCCCCCUUGGCGGCUACGCAAUCUCGAUAGUGUGCAAUAUCGCCCUAAAUGCUCUAAGUGAUUGGAAGGGCUGGCGAUGGCAGAUCUCUUGCGGCGCAGCCACUCUACAGUUACUAGCUACGUCCGUAUUAGCUGGGUGGCCUAAUUCGCACCCCACUAUCAUGACCUUCUAUUUCUUAACCUUUGCUACAGCUGCUUGGGGUUACGCAUUAAUCGCCUGGCUUGCAGAAAUUUUGCGCAAAGAACCGGAAGGGCGAUCCAUCAUCGUAGCAAUUGCAAUCACUCUGGUUUAUGUGGGACAUGCUACUAUCCCUCUACGCGUAUGGCAAGUUUCGGACUCUCCGAAGUACCCGAUUGGAUUCCCAAUGUCAGCGGCGUUUUGCGUGGGAAGUAUAAUAGCCAUGUUGAGUAUUCGAUUUUACGUUCAAAAAAAUCCAAGUAUAUUGGACUCGGGGUUAGCUUGGAAGGCACAAGAUAACAUUACAGAAGGGCCAUCCGAUUCUGAUAAUUCAGCAAGGAAAGGUGGUUAA